AUGAACGGCGGAAGAUGUCAAGAUCUCGAUGGUUUAGGUUUCAGGUGUGAUUGUCCUCGGGGGUUUGAGGGGUCCGUAUGUCAGCUUCGUUCCCCUUGCAUUGAUUCCCAGUGUGUUCAUGCACACAAGUGUACUCAGUUGGCCACAGUCUCUCAUGGUGGUAUCAAACACGAGUGUCUCUGUCUUCCGGGUUGGACCGGUGAACUCUGUGACCAAAAUAUUGAUGAUUGCGUCGAUAAAUGCCUGAACGGAGGAAGUUGUCACGAUUUGGUGGGAGAUUAUUACUGCACCUGCCCAGAAGGAUUUUCCGGUCGCAAUUGUGAAAUAAAUCACAAAUGCGUGACUAAUCCCUGCAAGAAUGAUGGUGUUUGUGUAGAAGUGAAAGGUGGAUUCAAGUGUGUUUGCCCUGAAGGUGUUACUGGCGAUCUAUGUGAGCACGCAAAACGUGGCUGCGACCCCAAUCCUUGUGAGAAUAAGGCGUCUUGCUAUAACCUCAGUCCACAUGAAUACUACUGUAAAUGCAACGAGGGUUUCUAUGGUCGACAUUGUGAGCUCACUCGUCCAUACUGCGGUCCCGAGGGUUGUACAAGCCUUUUAGAUCCAUGUGCUGAUAUCGGCAAUUCACUUCACAUUCCACUGCUUCCCUCACUGACUCUCAACCAUCAGUCAUCGACUAUUCAUACUGAGUCCUGUGGAAAGCAUGGCAUAUGCAUGCAAGAUCCCUCCUCGGGUCAGUAUGCAUGUGUUUGUGAAAAUGGAUACACAGGGAGGUUCUGUCAACAGAUCAAGGACAACUGUAUGGAAAUGGGGCAUCUGUGUCGAAAUGGCGCGAAAUGUGUUAGCGGUGAAGGGGACAAUUUCUAUUGUUUGUGUGAGGAGGGUUUUACAGGGACGUUCUGUGAGCAGGAAUCGCGUCCCUGUGAUGGCGAACCAUGUCGUAACGGAGCGUAUUGUCAAUCCACUGAAGGAGUUGGUGAUUUCUCAUUUCAGUGUCGUUGUGCUUCUGACUGGGCUGGACGGUGGUGUCAUUUGCCAUCUCCUCGCAGUCCCUGCCAAGUUUCUAAACCAUGUCAUAACGACGGAGUUUGCGUUGAUGACGCUUUGAGUUCUCAUGGAUUCUUCUGUCAAUGUGCAAAUGGUUGGACUGGUCUCUUCUGUCAGAUACGAUCGCCAGACUACGAGUCCUGCGAUAACGAAAAUUUCUGCAAAGUCGGCGGGACCUGUAUCAAUGUUGGUGGGGAAUCUCAUUGUAUUUGCCCACCAGGAUACAUUGGAGAUCGAUGUGAAGAGGACAUCAAUGAGUGCCAAAACAAUCCAUGGUGA